AUGCCUUCAGGCUCCUCCAUCCCCACGGGGCAUUCGACACUCCCUGAGAAUGGGGAAUACAACAUCCUGCCGCAAUAUCACUCCCAGCCCUCACAGCUCCGAGUAAUUUGUGUCGGCGCAGGUGCCGCAGGUAUCCUGGUGGCGUACAGGAUGCAAAAGGAGCUGAAGAACUAUGAGCUGGUCUGCUAUGACAAACCUGCACAUGCAUAUGUCUUCCCGUUCGAGCCAAAUCCAGAGUGGUCCGAGUUCUAUGCCUCUGGACCCGAAAUUCUCGCGUAUCUGGAAAACUUUGUCAACAAGUACCGCCUUCAGCCCUUCAUCAAGCUGAACUCACGCAUCCUCAGCGCAAACUGGGAUGAAGAGAGAGGAAUUUAUGAGGUCGAGGUCGAAACAGGCGGCGAGACGAUCAAAGACUGGUGCCACGUGUUCAUCAACGGCGCCGGAUUUUUGAAUGAUUGGAAAUGGCCGAAUAUUCCAGGUCUUCACAGCUUCAAGGGUAAACUGAUGCACAGUGCGGCAUGGGAUCCCUCUGUCGACUACAGGGAUAAAAAGGUCGCGAUCAUCGGGACGGGGUCUUCUGCUAUCCAGAUUUUGCCCGAACUGCAAAAAAGUGCCGCACAAGUUGUGACCUUUAUGCGCUCCCCGACAUGGAUCUACCCGUCCAUCGCAUCCGACAUGCUCGAUUCCAGCAUCACCAGUGGCCAAGGCAAAAAGGCCGAGGACAGGAAGGAGCAAUACGUCUAUUCCGAGGAAGAGAAGAAGCGGUUUCGAGAAGACCCCGAUUUCUUGCUCCAGUAUCGAAAGGACAUCGAGGUCCGGGCGAACGACAGCUACGACCUGUUCCUGAAAGGGACUCAGUCCCUUGAGAACCUCAGGCGGUUGCUGAUCGACAAUAUGAACGACCGCAUUGGGCCAGGUCAUGAAGAGUUGAAGAAGGCCGUCAUUCCCAGUUGGUCUCCUGGCUGUCGGCGGGUGACUCCAGGGCCGGGAUAUCUCGAAGCAUUGACCAUGCCGAAUGUGCUCCCCGUCCAUCGAGGUAUCAAGUCUGUGGUUCCGGAAGGCAUCAUUGACGAUGCUGGUGAGGUUUACAAUGUUGACAUUGUGGUUUGUGCAACUGGAUUCAACAUCGCGUUUGCGCCCCGCUUUCCUAUCCGUGGAGUCAAUGGGGUGACAAUGUCCGACGAAUUCGACCCUGAGCCCAAGGUCUACCUUGCUCUGACGGUGCCGAAGUUUCCCAACUACUUUGUCGUCAACGGCGUUCGCGGUAACUGGGCUGUGGGAAGUGUAUUAGUCUCUCAUGAUAUGCAAGUGGAGUAUAUUGUACAAUGCAUGAAAAGAAUGCAGCAAGAGGGUAUCAAGGCUCUAGAAGUCCGACCGGAGCCCAUCGACGAGUUGUACGAGCACAUAGACGAGUUCCAUCGCAACUCGGUGUGGAGUGAUGACUGCAGCAGCUGGUACAAGAAUGGGGUCAAGGAUGGCAAGGUAUGGAUCUGGGGCGGUUCGGGCUUCCACUACUUCAAAACCAUCAAGAACGUGCGUUGGGAGGACUACCAGUUCCGAUACCACCGCAAGAAUCGCUGGGCGUUCUUGGGCAACGGGUGGACCGAGGAGCAGUAUACGCACGACAGAUCGAGGUUGGCCCCCUACAUUCGGAACGAGGAUAGAUAUUGGGAUUUUGAGUGA